ACGGUACCAAAACAUUGAAACAACACGUUGGCAGCGGCAUGCUAUGGUGGAUGUGACAUGUGUGUGGCUGUUGAGGGGCGCGACCAUUGCUCACAGUCAGAACACUGAUCCCUGAACCGAAGUAGCAUACAAGAGGAAAGAAAAAAAAAGUGGUCAGACUGCGCUAGGAGUUGAGACAGAUCCUUGGGAGCAGCAUAGGAAGCGUGAUGGUGGCGGUGCAGGACAGUAGGACGCCCCAGCGGCCUGCCAUGAAUGUUCCCCGGCACGUGCUGGACGCCUUCGAUGGCCUAGUGGCGAGUGGGGACAAGGAGCGAACAGCCGCGGCAAUGCUAAUCCUGCAGCACGUGGAGGAAGUGCUGCGGGGAGAGGGACAGGGGAAGGAGAUACCAGCAGGUGUGAAGUACAUCGUGAACAGGCUGGUGUCUGGCCUUGCCUCCAGCCGCCUGAAGGCAAGGGAAGGUUACUUCUCCACCCUCUGCUACCUCCUCCGCCUUCAUCCAUCUUUCUUCACACCUCAGUUUGUCCUCUCCCUCCUGAAAAACACGAAAUCUGCUACCAUGAAAGGUGUCACCAAGGAUGAAAUUCGCGACCAACUUUUAGCUGAGUUGCUGCUGUGCGGUGCAGUAGUGCGGUCAGGUCGUGCUGUGGGCCCUGAGGUGCUGCAGCGGGUGGUGAACACACUGUGUGCCAUGCGGGCCAAGAAGAGCUACCUGGACAUCACCGCCUCACAGUUCCUUGUCAACCUGAUGGAGAAUUGUGACGGAGACAGCAUGCAUGCGGUGGUGUGGGAGAGUCUUCAGGCCGAGCUGAAGGGCCCUGUGGAGGAGCUGUCACCAAGCCAGCUGUGGAUACGACUGGUAUUGCUGAGGAAACACCGUGCAUCACCCCCUGUUUGGCUCACCUCUACGGUGGCACCCAAGAAUCAUGAGGCACUCGUCCAGACACUCAUGAAAACCACAUUUGAUCUGCCAAAAGUCCAUCCAGUUGUAGAGGAGUUGGUGACCAACCUGGCAGCAUCCCGGGCUGCCUCCUCCUCCUUACUGGCAAAGUUCUGGCAAGUGAUCCUGGAGCCGCUGCAGCGAAACACUUCUCCAGCAAAACUGCAGAUCCUUUUCCAGCUCCUGAGAUUCAUGGUGCCACUUUUGAGGACUGCAUCAGAGUUCCAGGAGGUGGUGACACCCUCUGUUGUGGCGCUGCUGCUCAAUUCCCUCACCCAGCAUGUUCAGGACCUGAAAAAUGCCGCCAGAGGGGUCACUGCUGUCUUGGUUCAGCUGGUCAAGGACAGUCAGCAGGAGGAUGGUGAGGUGCAGCUGGCAGUGGUGAGGGCACUGGUCACCCCACCAGGCAGUGUGAGGUUUGACCAGCUGACAGGACACAAGGUUCUGGCACUGAUGGUGCCACACUUCACCCUCAAGACUCUCAAGGGCUUCACCAAGACCCUCCUAGAGAUGGUGAAUAAGCCAGCCAAGGAUUUGGAGGUGGCCAACAAGAACUAUGCAGCCCACAUCAUUGGCAACCUGUUAACACAGCCCAAAGCAUGCACACCCGAGGCAGCAACCUGGAAGAAAAAGCAACUGAUGGCACUCCUGAAGACAGUGAUCCUCUCACCGGAGAAGGAGGAAGGGGACACCUCUAAGGAUGCCUUCUUCAAGGCCCUUGGUAAGCAGGUGGGGCACAUCAGGGAAUACUGUAGGAUCCUGCUGAGUCUGGUGGAGGAGGUGGACCAGGAGCUGAAGAUACUGGAGGCUACUGAUUCCCCCUCUUGCCUGAGUGGUGAUGGGAAGGAGCAUUGGGCACUGGUCAUCUCUAGGCUGGCAACCCUCAAGGAAAAAGAGUGUGAGGAGGGAACAGAAACAGAGAUAGCCAAGACUGUCUUUCAGGUGUUGUACUGUCAGAUGGCGCUUCACCUCUUUGUUGACGUGAUGGUGGCCAAGGAAAGCAUCACAGAGUUCAUCACAUGCCACAAGGAGGUGAAGAAACUUGGCAUGCUGAAGGACGACGAUGAUGAAGAUGAAGAUGAUGAUGACGAUGAGGAAGAAGGGCAACCUAACUGGGUGGAAGUGGUGACGGAGCUGCUGCUAAGCCUGAUGACACAGGAGAUGCACCUCUUCCGCAGUGUUGUGCAGGGACUCUUUUGGCUGCUGACACCCCUGAUGACAGCCACAGCACUCAGCCUCCUCACUGAUGUCCUGGAUACUGAGAAGGCACGGGAACUGGUGAAGAAGGAUGGCGAGGAGGAGGAGGAGGAGGAGGAGGAGGAGGAGGAGGAGGAGGAGGAGGAGGAGGAGGAGGAGGAGGGAGACGAUGACGAUGAUGAUGAUGAUGAUGAAGAGAAGGAAAGGAGCGAUGAAGAUGAUGAUGCAGAAGAGAAGGAGAAUGAGGAUGGUGAAGGAGAGGACUCAAACCUCUUUACUCUGAAGAAGAAAAUGCUUGAUGUUGCUGGUGGUAUUGAUGUGGACGUGGACAUGGACACAGUGCCUCAGGAGGAGUUGGACCGCCUGGACGAGCGUCUGGGUGCCCUGCUGGCUGAGUACCGAGGGAAGCAUCCCACUAGGAAGAAGAGGAAGAAGGUCAGUGGUGGCAAUGAUGGCCCACAGCUCUCAGCAGACGAACAAAGCCUCAUGCACUUCCAGACCAGGGUGUGCGACAUGCUCAUCGUGUACAUCAAGGCCGCCCCCAACAUGGCCCUGCAGGUGGGGCUGGUGAACCCUAUCUUCAAGGCACUGAGGAUGGCAGACCUUGAUGGGAGACAGAAGGAUCUACAGAAAAAGCUGGUGAAUGUCAUCACCACCCUGGAGAAGAAGAAGAAAUUCAACACGAUCGGUGAGAUCAGCGUGGACACCUGGAAGGAGACUGUCAACGAAUUCUUCUCCUUCGCCUGUCAGAUGCCUGAGAGGUUCCUGUCAGUGACUCAGUCAUGUUACUCCCAGCUGAUGCACUGCGGCCGCUUGCUGCUGGGGAUGAAUGAACAGGCAGUGAGGCAGCCAGAUAAUUUCCUCACCACCACCUAUGCCACUCACCUGGAGACUUACUUCACAAAUAACCACCAUCUUCCGAAUGUGGUGCCAUUUUGUGAGCCGUGCACCUACAACAUGGGGGGAUUGUGGCAGGUGGCGGCAACCAUGCUGCACUUUGCAUUUGACCCCAAGAUGAAGGUGCACAAGCAGACCCAGGCAUUGAAGAUCCUGCAUCUGCUGUACAGCAACAAGGCGGUGUUGAGGGAGCGCAGCAAACAAGAGGCAGCAGCAGUGGAGCAGGACCUGUACAACAAAGCACUCAAGGCUCUGGGUUCCAGUCAGGUCAAUGGUAUGUUUGUGACCAUCCUCUUCAAGCUCCUGCACACCUUACUCCAGGUGGACUGGCAGACGGAGCCUCAGCCCCGCCUGGCAUGGGAGGAGCUGCAGGGGAGUGUGGAGGCCUUCAGGGAGUGCAUCUCCAAGACCACUCUCAAUGUCUUCCGCAGGGAGUACAAUGUCCUCAAUGAGGCACUGAGGAGACUCCUCAAUUCCAAGAAAGAUGGAAAGAAGCAAGAAGUGAAGAGAGGAGUGAGAGUCCUGAAUGAAGAUGGCAAGCAGCAGGAAAAUCAGGCAAAGAAGAGGAAAGAGGAGAAUGAAAGCAACAUCACCAACAAUUCAAGUCCUUUUUCUGUAGGAGGAGGAAAAGGAGAGAAAGCUAAGAAGAAGAAAAACAAAAAGAAACCCUCAGAAAAUAUAGUUGUAAUUGAAGACAACAAAGAUACUCCAAUUCAAUAUGACACAAGCAAGGCAAAAGAAGAAAACAGUGAAAGUAUUGCUUCCAAAAAAGUAAUGGUCAAUGGAGGUGACAGUAGCACACUUGACCAGGGACAAGAGAAUGGAGAAAAGAAGGUAUUAAAAAAGAAAAAGAAGAACAAGUUAACCAACAGUGAGGAUAAUAAAGAUGUAAUAAAUGUGAAAAAAAGGGGAGAAAAGAAGAAAAAGAACAAAAAGAACAAACUCACAGACACACUAGCCAUUACUAAGGACAUUGGUGAAAUCAUAAUCCUGGACAAUGACGCUGAGGUAAAAAAAGGAAAGAAGAAAAAGAACAACUUUGGGAAGAGAAAACUGGAACAGAUGGAGAAGAAGACAGCUACUGUAGGAGCAAAGGCACAACAGAUCACUUCUUCCACCUUGACUUCCCCAGAUACUCCUGAACCAACCCCAAAGAAGAAAAAAAAAAUUGCCUUGGUGGACAUUAGCUAAAUGUAAAUGAGAGGUAGCUACAUAUAUUUCCAUCUUGUGACCCCUAUGCACAGUGUCUUCCUGCAGUGCUAUAGUAAUAGAAUAACUCUUCCAAUUUCAUGUCCUUCCUUGUGAGCUUAAUUUGUUAACUUGCUUGUGGUUUUGUAAUGAGCUACUGUAAGUAAACUGAAGGUGGUA